AUGGAACAGUUUGACGCGAUUCACCGGCUGGACGCAAACACAGAUAGUAUGAACAAAAGGGACCAAAAGCAAACUCUUCUUCCUUUGGUCGCGAAGAACAGACAGCAGGCAACUCAUCCAAAGAAUGCAAUUGCUGUUUUUGGGACUGUUUUCAAGAAGGGAUGCGUUUGUGUGGCCAGUCGAGCCAAUCAAAUGUUUACAGUAAUUGAAACAUCUGUUGGUUGUUGCCGUGCUUGGCAACUUUUGCCAUUUGAGCAGAACAGUCGGUUCCCCCCGCUCCACAGAACAUCGGAAAGACAGUUUUAG